AAGAGGGAGGCGAGGUAGCAACCUUGCUUAGCUAAGAGACAUACGUGUCAUAUAUCUGCAUAAGAUCAGACACAAUAAACCUCCAAAAAAAAAAAAAAAAAAAUAGAGUAGAAGAUUCUAUGUCUAGAUCGAGUUACUUGUUUUUAAGUAUUAGCUGUAUGGUAUAUAAAAAAAAAUACAACAGCAGAUUUGGUCGACAAGGUUAUAUCUUGUCGAGAUUAAAUCUUUAACUUAAGUUGGAAUUGAAGAAUACACUUAAUUAUUUGUGAGGAUAUUUUUACCUCUUAUAUACUUAUUGUUUGAUAUAUAUUCAGUAUAUAUAAAAUAGAAAAUAUGGAACGUGUGCCAUUACACAAAGCACUAGAAUCAUUGGCUUGGCUAGAAGGAACGUGGAGAACAGAGACUCCAGGCAGCGGCAAAUACCCAACGAUUAAAGAUUUUAGUUAUUAUGAUGAGAUAAGCUUCAUGUCCCUAGGACAACCCAUGUUUAAUUACACUGCACAAAGCUUUUCCAAUUCUGAUUUAAAAAAGCCAAUGCAUCGAGAAACAGGCUUUCUAAGAGUGAACCCAGGAACUAAUCAAGUAACACUUAUCUUGGCACAUAACUUUGGUUUAACAACCAUUGAAUGUGGUGAGAUUACUGACAAAACCAUUCACUUAAACAGUACUGAUAUAACCAGCAUAAAGGAGGCAAAGGCACCCCAUGUAACACAGAUACGCAGAGAAUUCAAAUUCCUCAACAAUUGUUUGGAAUAUGUGCUUUACAUGGCGACGUCGAACACUACAGAGCUGACUGAGCAUCUAAGAGCAAAGUAUGUGAAAGCAAGCAAAGAAGCGUAAAAAAACAUAAAGAGUAAAUUAGGUUUUAAUUGACAAAUUUUUUAUUAUUGAUUACUGUAAUUUUAUAAACACCAUGUGAAUAAAAUAUUAUAGCAGUAGAUAAUGCGCAUGCAAA